AUGUCUCCUCCACAGAAAGAAACCGAACGCGGGUCUAUCUGUCAGCAGAAUCCAGAAUCGCAAGGUUUGGAUCAGAUCCCAACUCCAAAAGGCACCUGGGAACCAAAGUAUAUUUUUGCUGAACAAGAUUGCACGCCAAAGUAUCAAACCAAAGACCUGAGCCAAAGCUAUGCUUUGCUUUCUCCCUUGAAGGUCGCCAAAGUUUCCAAGCCUGUGCAUUCAGGUUAUAAGAAUCACAACCUCAAUGGCAAGCUGCAUACCGAAAACCUCAAACCAACAUCAAAAAUGGCAAUGGGAGGAGGAUCGCAUUUGCAGGGACACCGGGCGCCGAGGCUGUUCGGCAGGGAAAGGCCGGUCCAUGCCGCCCUGGGUGGACGCGAAGCGGCGGACAUCAUCCUGUGGAGGAGGCCGAAGGUGUCGGCGUCGAUCCUCGGCGCGGCGACGGCGGCGUGGGGUCUGUUCGAGGUGGCGGAGUACCACUUCCUGACGCUGGCGUGCUACGCCGCCAUGAUUACCAUGCUCACCUUCUUCAUCUGGACCAACGCCUCCGCUUUCCUGAACCUGCCGGUUCCAAGGAUCCCUGAGACAAUCCUGUCGGAGAGGACGGCGAAGCAGGUGAUCCUGGCCCUGCACAGGCGGCUCACCUGGUUCGUGCACCGGCUGUACGCCAUCGCCUGCGGGGAGGACAUCAAGAAGUUCAUCAUGACGGUGGUGUCUCUGUACAUCGCGUCGGUCGUCGCGACCUGCUUCAGCUCCCUCACCCUGCUCUACCUCGUUGUGUUCUUCACGAUGACGGUGCCGGCGCUGUACGAGCGGUACGAGCACGAGGUGGAGCACCUGGUGGCCACGGGGGCGCGCGACGUCCGUACCCACUUGGCCAAGGUGGACUCCGGCGUGCUCCGGAAGAUCCCCAGAGGCAAAGGCGCCACCACCGCCGCACACGGGACGACGGCCAACAACGUGCACGGGUGGCAUCGCUCGCACGUCAACUAA